UAUGUUCCUUCUCUAGAUGCUCAAUUGACAGAUGAGGUCGAUUUCCACCCAAUUACUAGUAUGCCUGUUAAAAGGGGAGCCAGUGAGCCUGCAGGGAAGCAUUCACUUACCCCAAGUUUUAAGUCUGCAGUUGAGCCGAGGAGCAAGAGGCAUCAAAGCUCAGUCGAAGAAGAGGAAGAAGAUGAAUUGGGAAGUGCAGGUAAUUUCGAAUUAAUUUUUUUCUCUAGAUAAAGAAGUAGACAUAAACUUUCUUGUUAUUUUUUCAUUACUUAUAGCUUUCCGACUUUGUUAUUUUCUGUGGUCAAUAUUCAGCUUGUCUAUUUUACAAAUCGUAAAGAGUAAUGUGUGAGAAACUAUAAUUUAUUAAUUACAAGCAGUUUGCAAGUGCUGUGUGGUCAUUACUUUACAUUUCUUUUUGAUUUCAUGAUCAUUUUAUCACAAUGUCUAACCUUCUCUGGUUUUAAUGUUACAAAAAAUUAUUAUUGACCUUGGUCUUAAGAUCAGAAUUACAUGUGUGAAUAAUAAUAUUGUCUGUUUCACUUCAGUGAUUUGCUCCUCUCUUUAUUAUAACAAUUUCAAAACCUUAAGGUUUUAUAAUUGGCAGUUUCUUUAUCUUUUGCUUUGUCUUUAUGUUACAACUUCAAACAAACACUAUCUUCCAGCAACACUGAGAAAAGUGUGAAUUACUCUCUUGCUGUGAGAUUAAUAGGCAACACUCUUAGAUGAAGGGAAGAAAAACUCUUGAGGUGUGAGGAAGUUUGUUGUCAAUGUUUUUGUCAUUCAAGUUUGUAAAGUCUAUGUAAAAACAUUUUGAAUCCUCUUUAUCCUUUCUCACAAGUAGCAUCCUCGUAGGCUAGGUUGGCAUUUUGUUUUCCAUAUAAUAUGUAAUACUAAUUCCUUUAAGUACCAUGUAUCAACAUGAAGAUUUUUUGUUUAUAGUGUUUUGCUUGAAUUACUCUGAUAGGGUUACAAAAGCCUCAAACACAAGCUAUAUCAAAGCCUUCAAGUACUUUUUACAAAACGCGAAGGGCAGCAUUUGUCAGUGCACUUAAAGAACACUUCUGGGAAGCAGAAGGAACUGAAAUAUCUCAACAGGCAGUUUUAGAAGUGCUGCACUUGGAUCAAACACAGAAGGUCCAAGCCACAAAUGCUAUGAAGGAAGCCUUUCCUAACUGCCUGGUUGCUCGUACCCGUAAGUCUGACGGAAAGCAAAAGGUGACAGUGUACAAGAAUGUGGCCAAAAAAAAAUCGUUUACAUUGUCAGUGGAAGAGCCAUCUUUGUCAUUGGAUGAGACGUCCGAUAUCGCAAAUAUUAAACGGCUGAUUGCAAAUGCUUCGACAGAAAUUGAGUCCAUUAUUCAGCGCUUAAACAUUCAGUUAACAGCUGAAAAUAUUCAAAGAGAUGUUGUGCGUGCUUUGGUUGAUAUGCAAUGCAAGUUGCAGAGUAGGAUUCAAGAACUUUCGGGUACCUUGGAACAUCUGUAUGAAAGGGAAGUUCAGAGACUCUUACAAAGCCAGUCUCAAUGUGAUGUGCUUUGUGCAAAUGACAGAGCUGAACUCAUUAAGGAAAUGGACACUUUUAUCAGCUUUCUCAACAUUGGACUUGAGACACAGGAUUUGUCAGAAGUUGAUGUGAGUGGAGUAUUUAGCACACUACCUGUGAAUACAAGGGAGCAGUGCCCCCUCCUUUUUAAUGUUUUGGACACCCUGGUACUUCACAAAACUGAUGGAAGGGAGGUGUCAGAGAUGCGAGUACGAAGUGCUGUUCAUUCUCUAGCUAUAUUGGUCAGCUUGAAAAGUCAGAAAAUUCAAAAUGAUUUUAAAGUCUUGUUUACUUGUCUGUGUAUAUCCUUUGGAGCUGGUAUGCGAUUUAUUGGAAUGCUGAAUCAUCUUGGUUUAACUGUUAGCUGGGAGAAGGCAAUGAAGUUUUUUGACGGCCGCAAAGCUAAAAAACAAGAAGAAAUUUCUAAACAAACCCCCACAGAUUCUCCAGUAAUCUUAAUGUUUGAUAAUAUCAACAUGUACAGAGGAAAGCACAAACACUUGCGGCUAUUUAAGUACAUUGGCCCUGUGAUGUGGAACUUUACAGGUCAAGCUGUACUGAUUCCAAAUGUAGAGGGUUUAGAAAACAUCCUCCAAGACAAAGAUGCCUCAGUCAAACCUCAGAGGAAUGUGCUUCUUUUAAAUCCCAGUGACAUCUUUAUCCAGAGUGAUCAAGCAAAAACAGAUGUUUUGGAAAGUGCUGUUGAUGCUUUUUUGCUGGAAGUUCUUGAUGAUGCAUUGAACAAAUUGCCACCAAGCAGAAAAAAGCUUAAGGACAUGACUGAAUCAGAACUCAAUUCUUUCAUUUCAAAUGCUGACUGGAAUACUCAAGGGAGAUACAAGAUCAAAGUCCCAAAGGAUACUGACCUUGUUACUUGUAGAAGUCCAGUUACAAAGAGUAAUGUCCAUGUUUUACCUUUAUCUCUUGAAGAUAACAGCACAAUUGUUGGAACAAUGAGUAUUCUUGAUCAACUUGCAAUAGAUUUUUCAUUACCGAAUGAAAAGAAGGGUCCAGAGUACCUACCAUUUGAUUCUGUGUCAGGUACAUUUGAUGUUCACUCAGCUAGAUCUCACUUUGAAUUGCUUAUUAGUCAGCACAACCAUCAAAGUAAUAUGGGCGAGUUGGACAGGCAGUUGCGGAGCCGAGAAAGAGAAAUUGAUGGGGCUACUGAUGAAGAGUUGGAGACUGAAGAGGAGUGUCCAGGGGAAACUGAACAAGAUUCAACAGAAAGUUCCGCGACAACUCUUGAGGGUGAGCGUCGGCGGUUUGAAACAGAGGACAAACCUUUCUGGGAGGUCUUUAACUGUAUAUCUUCUAAGCUGUCUGACACAAUUGCAUCAAACAGUGAGGAGAGCUACCUGGCCUUUGUUAACAGCCCUGAGCAUCAACUAAAGGUAAAUGUAAAAGACCACUUAAAACGAUCUCUCCUUCAUGUCACUGUAGAACAGGGUCAUGAUAGUUUUGCUAAAUGUUUGGUUGACAUGGGUCUUGAAGUGAAUAGCAGAGAGGGAUGUGGCAUUACUCCCUUGAGUCUUGCAGUGUUACACAAGAAUACAGCCAUUUGUAAAUUCCUAGUGGAAUCAGGAGCAAGAUAUUCUGGUCCGUUGUUCACAAGUAUUCCCUCUCCAUUGUGCAUGGCUGAAAGGCUGCAGCAUGCUGAAAUUUUGCAGAUAUUUUCUGAGGAUCAGGAUGAGUCAGAAGAGGAAAAUGAAUUGAUCCGUCUGAUUGACAGCACAUUUUCUAAAGGUGGCAUUAAUGCAGGGGACAGUGUUGACACUCAAACAGAGGUUAAUCGUUCUUGUCAUGGAUUUGUCACGCCUGUCGUUGGGGAUGUAGGAACUUGCAAGACAAACAGUGCUGCUAUGUCCAGGUCAGGUUCCUACAAAUGGGUUGGUCUUUGUCCUGGUGACCUUCACAAUAAAGGCUACUUUUGUGAAGCAGCAUUCAAAGUCCAUGGGUCAUCGGGUCUUCAUUACAUCCUGCUAGAGGUUAUGAAAAGAAAGAAAUUGACCUCUGAAGUAUUUAAGAACAAGAAAUUUCAGGAGAAUAACCUCAUCCAAGUAAGGGAGGCAAUCCGUGAUGUCUGCAAGGCCUAUGGUAUUGCUGCAGCUUUGGAAUUUUCAGUGAAUGAGUCAUUUCCAGUUCAGCAGGAAUUGCGGGGUGCUGCGGAUGUGAGUACGUUGCUUUUGGACAAAUUUAAGGACUGGAUUUCAGAAUCAUCUGAAAAUGAUGUUUCUUUCGAGCACCGGUCAACCACAUUUCUUGUUUAUGGUCCAAUUCAGAAAUUGUAUGAUGCAUCUACUGCAUACGGAGAUGGCUAUGCACGUGAAGUUGUGUACCAAGCACAAUUACCAAUUUAUGCGCAACUUGGAUUUAGAAAUUAUUACACAGAAGUUUUCCGUCAUGUUGUCAAUUUUCUUGCAAAAUGGCCACUUGCAACAAGAAGGUUAUUGCAGCAGAACUGUUCUGUCAACCUUAGUGGGAAAAAAGGACAUGGUAUUGAGCUUGAUGGUUUUGUAGAAUCGGAAGUUGUGCAGCCCCUAAAGAAAUAUGCUAGUGGACACACAACUGUGACCAUGUGUGAAAGACUGAUGGCGAACAUUGACAUGUUGAAAAUGGUGAGAGCUUCCUACAUGGGUAAAGAUGGAUUCGAUGUGCAUCAUACAUCACGACACUCUGAGCAAACAGCCUUUCCUGAUCAGCUUAAGGGAGCAUGGUUUUGUCUCCAAAAAGGAUUUUUCACAAACAGCGGCCGCAAGGAAGUGGAAUGCUACCCAGUCGAUAAGAAGGGAAGCACAGAAGGAAAGAUUCCCAAGAACCUUAUCAAUGUGGUGGAAAAGGGACAGGCAAAAAUAAAAGAGAACUUUAAGGCAAAGCUCUUUGAGAGCUUUCCAGAUUUAAGGUAUGAAAUGUUGUCAUCAUAAUUUGUAAAACCCACACUGUUGUAAAGUGGAGAAUUGCAUUGUUGUAGGUACUUAAGUAAUGAUUGCAAACGGAAAUAUUAUUAUUAUGCAGAAAAAAGAGUAGAAUCUUGUUAUUAGGAGUUGCUUAAUGGUUUUUCACCGGUUGCAAAUUGUGUAUUACAGAUUAAAGUAACUUUCAUUUUGCCAUGUAAGUGAUUUUAUGAAAGGUAAUGGAGAUGCAACUUUGAAUUUGAUUUGAACCUGACAAAAAAAUUGUUCUGUAAAAUUGUUGGGAGUUCUUACCCCUUCCCAUGUCUUAUUAAGUACCGCAGGAGUUUGUGCACAGACUCAAAAUGUAGAAGACCCUACAAGACUCCAUCAUAAUUAUACUGUGAGGGUGAAAAGGUUAAAGAGGAGAUUUUGGAUGUUGAUAUUCACAUUAACCUUCUUUUGUCUCAGCCAAUGGGACGGUGUGCUUUUUUCUCUUCACAUUCUACAUGUACCAAAUGCAUGUUAUCAUAGGCUCCUGGCUGGGAACAGUCAUGCUUUUAGCUAUCUCGUAACAGUGUUCUGUUGCAAAAUCAACAACCAAACUCUUCAC